GAUUGCAGAACUACAUUUCCCAGAAGUCAAUGCGAUGAGAGCGCAGCGGGCUUGCUAAUUAAGCGCUGCAUCUUCAGAUGGAGCGCACGAGGUUAACAAUGACAUCAGACCUAGCUGCUGGAUAGCUUGCUCUCGGAAAAUGUCAUAGCGUGGACUGGAGCAAAGGUCAACAUUUUCUCUUACAUGCGAGUGGCAGCAUGUAGCAUUUUAACUAUCAUCACCUUCUUACAUGGUUCAUUCUCACCAUUUCAGUAUUCUGUGGCAUGGAGACACAGAACAGUUGAGAGGAAACGACGGUUUGAUUGAAGUUUUCAACCCACACAUUUUUUGCUCAAAUCGGCAGCUUUCCACGUCAAAACGAAUCCGCACAUGGUGAUUUGACACAGCAGAAAAGUUACACUCUGCAUCACAGAGUGGUCCAGUUGACACAAUGGUGGCAGAUGACACAGCAGAAAGUGGGGACAGAUCCGAGGGGGAGAAAGAGAUGGACCUGAAGGUGGCUGCAACAGAAGACUGCUUAGGACAUGAAGACGGAGACCUAGAGAUGGCUGUCUCUUCUUCUGAGGCCCUGUCUCCCUCUGAAGCUCCCCCAGAGGAAGCCGGGGAGCCCAGAAAGUGGAAGUGGGCUGUGAUAUUCUUGUGUUUCUUUGGGUUUAUGGCAUCAAUAAAGCCCGGGGAGCCCUUCAUUACACCAUAUCUACUCAGCCCUGAGAAGAACUUCACCAGGGAACAGGUCACCAAUGAGAUCACUCCUGUGCUGACGUACUCCUACAUGGUCGUGCUGGUGCCAGCCUUCCUGCUGACAGAUCUUCUGCGCUACAAGCCGGUCCUGAUCAUUCAGGGCGUCAGCCAGGUGGUCAUCUGGGUCAUUCUGCUCCUGGGCACCACCCUCCUUGAGAUGCAGUUAAUGGAGUUCUUCUAUGGCAUCACCAUGGCCUGCCGCGUGGCCUACUCCUCCUACAUCUUCUCCCUGGUCAGUCCAGUCCUCUACCAGCGUGUGGCCGGAUACUCACGCUCCUCAGUGCUCUUGGGGGUCUUCACAAGCUCGGUGCUGGGCCAGCUGUGCAUGUCCCUGGGCAACAUCAGCUUCUACACCCUCAACGCUAUAUCUUUGGGUUUUGUCAGCUUUGGUCUUCUGCUCUCACUGUGCCUGCCCUGGCCUAAACGCUCCCUGUUUUUCAACCGGACGCUGAAUCAGGAGCAAAGGGAAGUGGCAGCAGUAGCCACUAAAUCAGAACUGGACAAAAUGAACCCAAAAGAGAGCGGGUUGUCUUUGGCAGCUCCUCCAUGCUCACGCUGGAGGGAUAUUGUCUUGGUGCAGAUGCUGCUUGAGGUGAGAAACGUGGUGAAGAGGCCCAGCCUGAGGCUCUGGUCCCUGUGGUGGGUGUUCAACUCCACAGGGUACUACCUGGUGCUGUUCUACGUUCACAUCCUGUGGAACAAAGUCUACCCGGCCUCUGAGAACAAGCAUGUCUACAACGGGGGAGUGGAGGCAGCUUCUACCCUGCUGAGUGCGAUAAUGUCAUUUGCGGCAGGCUUUGUGAAAAUUCGUUGGAACGUCUGGUCUGAGCUGGUCAUCGGUGUCAUCACAGCAGUGCAGGCAGGUCUGCUGCUCCUCAUGGUCACCACACACAGCAUUUGGGUCUGCUACAUGGCCUACGUCCUCUUCCGAGGCUUCUACCAGUUUCUGGUGCCUAUUGCCACUUUCCAGAUAGCCUCAUCACUCACCAAGGAGCUCUGCGCCUUAGUGUUUGGCAUCAACACCUUUUUGGGGACCAUACUGAAGACUAUCAUCAACCUGAUAUUUUCUGACAAGAGAGGCCUGGCGUUGGAUGUGCACUCUCAGUUCCUGGUAUAUUUCAUUUACUUCAUCAUUCUUACUGUCGUCUACUUCAUCUGUGCUGCUGUCGUCAUCACCCGUCACUAUAGAAACCAGCCCAGGGGAGGAGGUGGGACCGAUGAACAGGCACCACCCACAGAGCUCAGUCCUGUGGCUGCAAAUUCAGAGGCAGAACCUUUGUCUAAUGACAAAAGUGCCAAAGCGUAAUGCCUUAAACAGUUUUCCGGCAACCUCUAAUCUACAGUAGAUCCCAGUUUUAAUAUAAGCUCUUCAGACCCUCUGAUGUUGAUGGAGGGGUUUGUUCAGUGUUAGCUGCUGAGCCUUAAUCAUAGAAGUGCCUCAACUGCUACCUGAAGUUCCUGCAUUACACCAGUCAGACAGGCUGCAGACGUCUUGUGUAUGACGUCUCGGGAGAGUUUUGUAUUUGUUUGUUGAUGAUCAGAUGUGAUUUGCUGUAAAGUAAAUUCUACUUUUUUUAAAUUCAUACAAAGCACUAAGUGGUACUAUGCUUUCAUAUUGUGGCAAGUCAUCUUCAUCUUCAGAGAGGGACCGUUAAUGUAAUGGCCACAAUUGAACUUUUGUAUACAGGAAACAAAGAAGGAAAAUUUGUAGUUGUAACUUGCUGGACUGUCCUGUUUCAGUGACAGUGAUUUGCCAGGCAAACAAAGGCUCAUGAUUAUUGUGUGAUCACGAAAUUACAAAAAUUACUUUAAAGUAGUCUGCAAUUUCACUUUUUUUUUUUUUUUUUUUUCAUUGACACUCCUAUUGUACCUAAUGUUACAGUUCCAUGAUAUCUUAAUUGGCCAUAUCAGGAUAAUUGCUUUUUAGGUAUAGUUUUUUUUUCUGUGUUAAUAAUCGCAUCACAUUUAUUGUUGCUGUAAUGCUGUUAAAGCUGCUCUGUGUAAUGUAGAAGCAUCAGCAUCAGAAUAUAAGUCAUCCUUAUUUGAUACAUUGAAACAGGUUAUUGUGUUGCUUGGGAGAAAUCAUGUGAAAGUAAUGUUUAUAGACAUUUUUACACAGAUAUACGCUUAUUUGACAAUUAGUCUAAAUACACAUAACUGAAUUUGAUUAUUAAAUAUGUGAUAUUUCUUUUUAGUGUUAAUUUUCAGUAGUAUGUUGGGUGACAAUGCCAUCAGGAUGGAAAACAAAGCACCAGUCAAUAGUCUUGCUGCUAAUUUGCUGCCAUUUUGGCAAACCACCAACUACCAAGAAGGGCUCCAACUCCUAAAACCUGGUUGUCUUUAUUUUUGGUCCAAGUACGGCUGUUUUUACAUUCAUCAAAAACUGCAGGAAUUUCUAACUUUUCUUGGUCCUGUAGAGAACAUAGGAAUGCAGUGUUACUUGAUGCAACAGGAACUACAGUGCAGACAUUUAGGUUUUUAAAAUGUCCAUUUGUUUACACUUAAAAAACAUGUGACCCCUUCCUUACAAUAGACAUGACAGUAGUAACUGAGUUUUAAGUUGGUUUGUACAUUCAGAAUGUAUAGAUAUAUUUUUUAUUUUGACUAAAAUAAUUGCUGAGAAAUAACGUAACUGUGAACCUGUCUGAAUGCUGUAAAAAGGAAUACGCUGUCUUUAAUCAGAUGUUUAUUUUCUAUUCACAAAUAAAUUACGUUUGGUGGAUAAAAA